CCUACCCGGCUUGUAAACAUCAGCGCACCCGGGAGAAGAAGCAGCGUGGAGCUCGAGCCCAGCAGCUUCUAACUUUGUCUGACAGCAGUGAUUCGUACUGGUUUGUUCCCAGUAUGGACAACACCACAGACAGCACGUGGGACAGUUUACCUGUUAAACUGAACGAGGGCAUUUUACAAACGCUCGAGGAGCUGAAAUUCACUCACAUGACACCUGUACAGUCUGCGUGUAUCCCGCUGUUCAUGAGCAACAAAGAUGUGGCUGCAGAGGCGGUGACCGGGAGCGGAAAGACUCUGGCUUUCGUCAUCCCCAUCAUCGAGCUGCUCCUGAAGAGAGAAGAGAAGCUGAAGAAGAUGCAGGUUGGUGCCCUGGUGAUCACCCCCACAAGAGAACUGGCCCUGCAGAUCAGUGAGGUGAUGGAGCAGUUUAUCCACAAGUUUCCACAGUUUACGCAGAUUUUACUGAUUGGUGGCACUAACCCGAUAGAGGAUGUGGAGAAGUUCAAGGAUCAAGGGGCAAACAUCGUGAUCGCGACGCCCGGCCGUCUGGAGGAUAUGUUCAGGAGGAAGGCGGAUGGUCUGGACUUGGCCAGCGCAGUCAGGAGUCUGGACGUGCUGGUUCUCGACGAGGCCGACAGGCUGCUGGACAUGGGCUUUGAGGCCAGUCUGAACACCAUCUUGAGCUACCUGCCUAAACAGAGACGUACAGGCCUGUUCUCAGCCACUCAGACACAGGAGCUGGAGAAGCUGGUGAGGGCCGGCCUCAGGAACCCCGUCCGGAUCACCGUCAAAGAGAAAGGCGUGGCCGCCACCGCCAUCCAGAAAACCCCCGCUCGACUUUCCAACUACUACACUAUUUGCAAAUCCGAGGACAAGUUCAACAACCUGGUGGCAUUUCUACGGCAACACAAGCACGAGAAGCAGCUGGUCUUCUUCAGCACGUGUGCGUGUGUGGAGUACUACGGUCGAGCUCUGGAGACGCUGGUGAAGAAGGUCACCGUCCACUGCAUCCACGGAAAGAUGAAACACAAACGCAACAAGAUCUUUGCCGACUUUCGGGCCCUGAAAAGUGGGAUCCUGGUGUGCACAGACGUCAUGGCCAGAGGCAUUGAUAUCCCUGAUGUGAACUGGGUGCUGCAGUAUGAUCCUCCCAGCAGUGCCAGUGCCUUUGUGCAUCGAUGUGGGCGAACAGCGCGCAUUGGUAACCAAGGCAACGCCCUCGUCUUUCUGCUGCCGAUGGAGGAAACAUACGUCAACUUCUUGUCCAUCAACCAGAAAUGCCCGCUCCAGAAGAUGCCCCCUAUAGGUGAUGUUGUGGAUGUGCUGCCCAAAGUGAAGGCCAUGUCUCUGGCAGACCGCGCCAUGUUUGACAGAGGCAUGAGGGCCUUCGUCUCGUACGUCCAGGCCUACGCCAAACACGAAUGUAGUCUCAUUUUCAGAAUCAAAGAUCUGGACUUUGCCUCGUUGGCCCGUGGCUUCGCCCUCCUCCGCCUGCCGAAGAUGCCUGAACUGAGAGGGAAAACGUUCCCUGAUUUCACGGAGACAACAGUGGACACAGAGACCAUCCGCUACAAGGACAAGAACAGGGAGAAACAGAGACGGAAGAUGCUGCAGGAGAAAGACAAGACUCCACUUCCCAAGAAGAAUUUCACAAAGAACAAAGCCUGGUCCAAACAGAAGAACAAGAAGGAACGCAGGAAAAAGAUGUCCGCCAAGAGGAAGCACGACGAGGGAUCUGACGUGGACGACGAAGACAUGAACGAGCUUUUAAAUGACACUCGCCUCCUCAAGAAACUAAAGAAAGGGCAAAUCAGCGAGGAGGACUUUGAGAAACAGAUAACAAGCGGACCAAAGUCAAAACACAAAACAGACGGACCAUCACACGGCAGCUCAGAUGAAGCCUGAUAAAUACAACAAAGCUGAGUUCAAAUAAAUCCAGAGCAACACCUCUGAUAUUUGUUUA